AUGGAUGGUGUGGGGCGUCAAGAGGAGGCAGUUGAGGUUAGGCAUAUCGUCCUCGCGGGUGGUUGCUUCUGGGGCCUCCAGGCGCUUAUGGAUAGCUUCAAGGGUAUCUGUACCACUGUCGUUGGUUAUGCAAACGCAAGCACAGAUGCACGUGGAGUGAUGCCAUCUGGUAGCGUAGAAGCCCAGACUGUUCCAUUUCUCAAGCAUGCAAACGUCCCUGCUUGCGGGCUUUCAUAUCAGUCCGUCUGUUCUGGCGCAACAGACGCUGCGGAGGCUGUGGCCAUUGAGUAUGAUAGACGGGUGAUCACACUAGAAAACAUACUCGACAUAUUCUUCGCUGUGAUCGAUCCGACGAGCAAAAAUUCUCAAGGAAAUGACGUCGGGACACAGUACAGGUCCGGGAUUUACUACCUUCCAUGUGAAAAGGAUGACGUUCAGAUAAUAGAAAAGAAAGUGCAGGAGCUUCGGCCAUCCUAUGAGAAACCGAUUGUGACAGAGGUAGCUGAGCUGAAAAACUAUAGCGUGGCCGAAGAGAUGCAUCAAAAGUACCUGGCAAGUAGGCCAAAUGGGUACUGCCACAUAAAUGUCUCUGCUGCCAGAGAGAGGUUUGCACACCUUCUAUGA